AUGAGGGGAAAUGAAUCGUAUGACCCUUUGAAAGAGGGAUGUUUGUCAAAAAUAAAUAAUGCUCUAGACAAAUAUACAAUGAAUACUUUAAAUUAUAAUAAUAGUAAUAAUUUUACAUGUGAGGAAAAUAAUGAGACGUUUAGAGAAAAUACUUUGAAUAUGAAUGUUACGUCAGAUGAGGAUAAUGAAUUAGAAACAUAUAGUUCAAUAAUAUUAGAUAAGAUUAAUAAUUUUAAACCUCAGGACGAAAAAAUAAUAUACGAGGAAAGUAGAAGAGAACCAAAUAUAUACGCUAAUAUGUCGACUCUUUUAAAUUUCUUGAGGGAACAAAAUAAAAUGAAUACACUACAUAUAAAAAACUUUAUCAUUGAAAAUUUUAAAAUUACAGAAGAAAUAAAACAUGAUAAAGACAUAAAUAAUUUGAUGAGGAGGAUAGAACACGAAGAAAUUAAAGAACUUAUAUGGACAAGUGGAAAAAGGUAUUUUAUGGAAAUUAAAAAAAUAUAUUUACUUAUGAAAAAAUUUAAUAAGGAAAGAUAUUUUAUUAAUUCUAAUAAGGAUAUUUUAAAAAAGUAUAGUUUUAAAAAAAAUAAAAACAUAAAGAAUUUAUUACAAGCAUCUAUCAAAAAAAAAAACAUACAAAUUCAAAAAAUACUUAAACAAUAUAUUAUAUUGAAAGGAUACUAUAAGAAAGUUUGUAAUAAGUAUAAACAAGAAAAUGAACUUUUAAAAACUUUCUUUUCUUUUCCUAAAAAUCAAAGUUAUUAUUUAAAUCUAAAAUAUUCUCCUCAAUAUUGUAGAAGCAAUCAUAUAUAUUUUUAUUCAUAUAAAAAAUGGUUGAGACGCAAAAGGUUGAGGAGGACUUCACAUUUUAAGCAGGAUAGAUAUGUUAUUCAAAAAGAAUAUUUUACAAACUCCAUAUUUAGAAAAUACACACAUCAUAAGAAAAGAUAUAAAGAAAUUAUAUCUGAUAUAUUGAACGAUAACAAACUAUUAAAUCUGAAAUUUAAAAAAUAUGAAGAAAAAUAUAAAAAUAAAAAAAAUAAAAGAAAUAAAAGAAAGAAAAAAAAGAAAAAAAAGAAAAGCGUGCAAAUAUCUACUAAAAGAAUGAAGGAUAAAAAAAAUUUGGACAUAUCUUAUAAAAGAAGAAACAAAUAUAUAUACACACACUUGUUUUUACCUAUGCGACUACAGAAAAAAAUAAACAGUUCAAAUUGUAAAUAUUUAAAUAAGGGAAGCUACAAAAUGCAGGCCAAAAAGGAAAGAAAGGAAAAGAAGUUUAUAAAACAUGGGGGGAUGCAUUAUGUAGAGAAGGAAGAAGAAAGUAUUAUAAAUAAGGAAGAAGAAAAUAUUAUGAAGAAGAAAGAAGAUCAUAUUAUUAAUAAGGAUGAAGAAAUUAUUAUGAAGAAGAAAGAAGAUCAUUUUAUUAAUAAAGAUGAAGAAAAUAUUAUGAAGAAGAAAGAAGAUCAUAUUAUAAAAAUAAAAAAUGCGGAAGUAAAAAAGAAAAAAAACACAUUAAAAAAAAAAAAAAAAAAAGAAAAAAAAAAUUUUUCAAAUGAUAAUAUGAAGGAAGUUACUAAGAAUGAUGAUGAUACAAAUAUGAUAAAAAUAGAAGAAAAAGAAAAAUAUGAUCAUAAAGAUGAAAAGGAAAAUAUGAGUAUAGGUAAUAUAGAAGAGUGUAACAAAAUGAAGGAUGAAUAUGAUAAGAAGGAAAACACUAUUUCUGAUAUAGAAAAAGAAAAUAUUAUCUUGGAUCCUAAGGAGGAAAACAUUAUGCUAGAUACAAAAAAAGAGAAGUUAAUUUUGAAGGAAAAAAAAAAAAAAAAAAAUUUAAGUAGAAAAAUAAAAAAAAAUAAAAUAGAGGAUAAUAAGGAUAUUAAAGAAAAUGAAAAUUUUAAUAAAAUUUAUGAUGAGGAAAAUAUAGAGGAAAAAGAAAAGUGUAUCAUAUUUGAAGAAAAAAAGAAAGAACAUAAUAUAAUUGCAGAGACAGACAGUGUGGAAAUGGAUGAAAUGGAUAAUAUAGAUGAGCAAUAA